AUGAGAUAAUAAAUUUAUUAACCCGCAUAUGGAGUCGGAUUUACAACUUAAUUUUAAUAAAUUUCAUAGCCAACAAUAAAAAUAGUUUCUUAACCUUCAUUCUAAACUUAAAUUCAAUCAAAAAUUCAAUAACCAUUUUAACACUAGUAAUAAACUAGUUUUUCAUAGUAAUAGAAUAGACCUAUUAUUCCUAUAAAUGGUACUGGGAGUGUAUGUCGUCCUGCUUGGGAUCAACCUAAACGUUAAAGAUUUCAUACAUCUUAAUCUAAUAUUUCUCCUUAAAAUUAAAUGCAUCUUAUAGAUCUGUAAUAAAUUGAGGAACCUUGGAAAAUAAAAGUUUAAGAAUUACAAAAAAAGAUUAGUAUUUUAGAAGAAUAAUAAUUGAAAUAAUAAGAAGAUUAGGAUGUAGAGAGUGAUUUAUCUUAAGCAUAUAGUUAGAUUUAACAGUUAGUUAAUACUAUAAAAAUAUUGUAAGAAGAAAUUUAAUAAUUGGAAGAGAAAGUAGAGAUAAAAUAAAGAAUAAUUGAUGGAUAUGAUAAAUAAUUAGUUUAAAAAGAUAUAGAAAUAGAAAAAGCGAAUCAUUAUAUUUCAGAACUUCAUAAUUAAUUAGAAGACUAAACUAUUCAUUAAGAAGAAAAAUAGAAAUAUUUAUUUGAAGAAGUAAAUACAUGGAAAAGGAAGUUUAUAGAAUAAAAUAAGUAUAGUUUAUAAUAUAUAUAUUAAAGAGAAUUUCAUCAAAAAUAAGAGGAAUUGAUGACUUUGUAGGCUGAGUUAGAUAAUCUCAAAAAUUAAAAGCUGAUAAUUAACAAAUCUAGCGAUUAUAAAUAAAUUAAAUGA